CAUACGCCCUGAGCUUUGCCUUUCAGGCAGCGGUUCUUCAUAUAUUAUGGUUCAUUGUUAGACCCUUAACUAUAAGUUACAUUCAUGUUUAGGUUAGAGAAGGCUGGUAUUUACGUUGGUGCCGUAGUUUGGGGUUAUGACAUUGUUCGGUCUCUAAACCUUUAAUGUAGGCAAGGAGAAAGCUUUGCCCGAGAGACAAACUUAAGGCAAUGAAACCACACUACAACAGUGGACUUGCCUGUGAUUUGUUUACGUAGCUAGGGUUGACAAGCAGCUUUGUUGGUGUGUCAGGCCUACUACCCACAGUUAGCCGCACCAGUGACCACCCAACACUACAUUGGACCAUAAAUAGAUCUGUGGGCCGGUAAUGCAUUGAGGCGACAAUGGAGACCGCAGGUGCUGCCACAGAGGGUGACCCUCUGAAGAGAGGAGAGGACGGGGUAGAGACAGGAACGACACCAUCAGCAACAGAGCUGAAGAAGAAGAGCUGCAAAGAAGUUUUGGGUUUUGCUAAACUGACCCACUGGCGAACCGCAGUCUUCUUCCUCUCCUUGUUCCUAUGCCUCACCAUAGUGUUUGCUUUCUCCUUCAUCAUCCCCUGUCCUGUCAGACCACAGUAUCUUGUUUCCUGGAACAGGACUUUUUCUGAAGCAGCAACCUAUGACUUCUUAGCUACUGAAGAUGCAAGCAGGGACAAGGUGAUGGAUGUCCUGUUCAUCCUCAGAAACACAGAAGCCAGUCCGAACAAGACGUGUGCUGGUGCAGGUCUUCCCUCGCCAUGUGUGUUUGUGUUAGCAGUGGAUGGGACAGAUGGAGCAACCCUGUGGGAGCGUCCGCUGGAACCUGAGUUCCACUGGGCCCAGUGUGGUCUGGACAGAGACACAAGUAGAACCUGGGACUGUUUGCUGUCCCAUUCUGACCAACUCACAGCCAUUGACAAAUACACUGGUGAGGUGAGGUGGCAGCAGCAUCAGCCUUCUGGUCUGCACAGCACUGUGCCUGUUCUUAGUGUCCCAGAUCUGGAUGAGGACAAGGUCAUCGAUGUGGCUCUGGUGGCAUCUGACAACACACAGACUCAGGUGGUAUUUCUCUCAGGGAAGACGGGUGUUCAGAUUGGCUCUACGGUGGUUCUUGACUCCCCAGAGACAGCCAAUCAUCUUCUUUAUUGCACUACAGAGGGUUCACAUUAUGUACUACUACAAAAAGACACUGGCUUGUAUGGAUGGGCACUGUGGAGGAUCGCUGCCAAGGCUAAAGCAGGGAUGGAGAAGGGUCUCAAAAAGGACAAACACUGGGAGAAGAAUGCCAAUCCAACAUCUGGCCUUGUACCCAUCUAUGAGUCUGACUCAGUGAGACAAGUGCUAAAAGCAGGAGAAACAGAUGAUCUGCCCAAUCUGCUGCUUGUGACUGGGAAGGAAGUGGCAUUAAUCAGUGGAAAGAAUUUGCAGCUGCUGUGGAGGUUCAAUAUCAGCUCAGUCCUCAGUGAGCCCUCCUUUGGUCACUUUAACAAAGACGGCGUACUCGAUGUUGUGGUCGAGGACGAUAUUGGCAACUACACAAAGAGGGUUAUAAUUCUUGAUGGGCAGUCUGGUGGUGUGCUGUGGGAAGUGAACCUCUUGGCUACUCCUAACUCGCCGCGACCCGCCUCAAUAUACACCACCAACUCCUUCUCGAUCUUCGUGUUUUGGGGCAUGAUGCCCUCAGAGACCAACUCAUCUGUACCGCUAAUUAGCGACCGGCGCUCUUACAUGCUCCAUCCUCUCUAUUCCAAAGUUCUCCUUGAGUCGACCAGUUCCGUUGACCACAUCGUAACAUUCAAAGCCACACUGUUGGAGCAUGGACGCCAUGCUGCCUACAUCCUGCUGACAGGUCCCGGGAAGGAGGGAAGUGAAGGCACGGUGGUCCUCAGCAAGCGAAAGAUGAAGCAAGACGUCUCUCACAGCAACGUGCUCCGUAUUGGCACCGGCGGAGGUUCAGAGACCAACGACAACAUCAAAGAGGCCUUCAGCCGUCUCCGCUUCAGCGAUUAGUGAGAGGGUCGACUGUAACGUGGGCAGUACGUCCUCAGUGUUAAGCCCAUUUUGGCACAGCUGAACUCCGAAAACCAAAGUGUGUACACUAGCUAUGACUUUCCAGCUGCUGACAACCAAAACAAAUCCUUUGUGUUUAGAGACUUGGAUUGACUUGCUUUGAUGGGGUUCUUCCAUUAAUCUCCACUGGACAAAUCAGACAUUUAUUUCCAGACUUGACUGCAUACUAUCAUGAGUUUGAUCUUAUCUAGUGUCCAAAGAGCUACUGGCCCCUGACAAUCACGUAGCACAGAUUGCUGUUCUCCUGCUGAUAGAUCCAUAUACCAUAGGACCUGCCGUGCUGUAUUUUUUCGAGCACUUUCACCUAUCAAAGCGAUGCUCUUUUUUUAAUCGCAGAGGCUGGAUUAUUAUUUAGAUCUAUGCAACUUUAUGUCGCACUGGGCUUUAAAGGUAGCAGAUGCCUGCAACAACAGGUGCUAGUUCUGAAUAUUUAAAAUUAUAGCAGCCUUAUUGCUCAUACAGUGAUAGGGCUUCUUUUCUUUUGGUAAAUUUCCUCAAACUGUAUAGACAAAUGUGGACACUGAAACUUGAAAGAUGACAGAAACCCUUCUGACCUUACUGAAAACUUAACAUGGUUAUGGUUUUUGUUUGUUUUUGUUUUCUUUCUUUUAUUAAAUGGUACUGUUGUCUCUAAUAAAAAGCAUGUUCCUUACGUACUUAAUCCAAGAUGCUGUAACUAGUGAUGCUCUGAAAUGCACACUGAUUAAACCUCUGUUGCACUCCAUGUUGAGUCUCAAAGGUUCUCCAUAAUAUUGAGUUAUUGCUGUGGGUUCACAACUCCUUUAAAAAGAUGUUUUAAGUGAUGGGAAUAUUAGAUAAGUGAUAUUGAGGCUCUUGUUUUUGCUGUACAUUAGUAUAUUGAAGAUGUGGAAUGUGCCUUUGUUGGAGCUGGCUUUUCUUUCUGACUUGAUGUGUUUUAAAUUUUUUGCAGCAUUAAAUAAUUUUUAAAAUAA